CCUUUCUUUCUCGGAAAAUCUUUCUCCAACUCGUGAAAAGGGGGUGUUUGAUGCAAAGGCACUUAGUUUAUAUUUAUUAUUAUUGUCGUUAUUAUUAACAUGGGACACAGGGAAGGCCAUGUUGGAGGUCACCCGCAAACCCGUCCCGGUGCCCCCACUCCGCCCCCCCGGGCGUGCUGGGUGGCUGGGGCGCCGUGAGCCACCCCGCCCGCGGGGCCCCGGGGUGGUGUCCCCGCUGCUCCCAGACCCCAGUGCCGGCUGCAGCAGCUAGGCGCACGGCCCUUCUUCGCCCAGGCCCCCGGGAAAGCGCCCGGAGUGGCAGCACCUCCCCUCUCGGGAAUACGUCCCCCGGCCACCGCUCUCGUGGAUGAGUCUCCACGUCGCGACCGCCCCUUUCCUAGAGGGGGACACUCGCGAACACACCCGUCACCUCCGCGCGCCCCGCAGCCCGCCCGCUCGGCGCGCAGCGCACCCCAGCGGUCGCGUGCCGCCGCCUCCCGGCCCUGGCCACCCGGCUUCCGGAGAGCUCGCCAGUCGCCGCCGCGGCCGCCUCGGAAUCGGCACUUGUGAGGCCGCGGGAGCCGGGCCGGGCCGGACCCCCGGAGGCGCGGCUGCGGCUCGGGCCUCGCUCCCCGCACCUGGAGCCGGAGCCGGAGAGGCGGGGCGGGGCUGCAGCCCGGCCGAGCGCCGGUGCAGCUCGCCGAAGCCGGCCGGACCCGAGCGAGGCGCGGGGGAGGGUCUCGCGGCCGAGUCCGCGGCUCCGGGGGGGAGGGACCCCAGCAGGGGUGGACCCGGCCCCCGCGAGGCGCCGAGGCGCGCGGCGCGGGCAUGGAACGGGCCGGCCCGAGCUCCGCGCGGCCGCGGGACCACAACUCGGUGGAAGCGUGGCUGGACGACCACUGGGACUUCACCUUCUCUUACUUUGUUAGGAAAGCCACCAGAGAGAUGGUCAACGCCUGGUUCGCGGAGCGCGUGCACACCAUCCCCGCCUGCAAGGAGGAUACCCGAGGCCGCUCCGAGUCCUGCCCGUGCCCCACGCAGCCCUCGGGCGCCCGCCCAGACAGCAGCGCCCCGGCCGCGCCGGCCAGGAAGAUCUCUGCCUCCGAGUUCGACCGGCCCCUGCGGCCCAUCGUGGUCAAGGACUCCGAGGGGACCGUGCGCUUCCUCCCGGACUCGGAGCAGAAGGAGCAGAUGCCGCUGACCGCCCCGCGGCUCGACAAGGAGGAUGACGGGGACCAGUGCUCGAGGCUCCUGGAGCUGGUGAAGGACAUCUCCAGCCACCUGGAUGUCACCGCCCUGUGCCACAAGAUCUUCCUGCACAUCCACCAGCUCAUCUCCGCCGACCGCUACUCCCUGUUCCUGGUCUGCGAGGACAGCUCCAACGACAAGUUCCUGGUCAGCCGCCUCUUCGACGUGGCCGAAGGCUCCACCCUGGAGCAGGCGUCCAGCAGCUGCAUCCGCCUGCAGUGGAACACGGGCAUCGUGGGCCACGUGGCGGCGCGUGGGGAGCCCCUGAACAUCAAGGACGCCUAUGAGGACCCUCGAUUCAAUGCAGAAGUGGACCGCAUUACCGGCUACAGGACACAGAGCGUCCUCUGCAUGCCAAUUAAGAACCACAGGGAAGAGGUUGUCGGUGUGGCCCAGGCCAUCAACAAGAAGUCGGGAAAUGGCGGGACCUUCACGGAAAAGGACGAGAAGGACUUCGCCGCCUACCUGGCCUUCUGUGGGAUCGUGCUUCACAACGCCCAGCUCUACGAGACGUCGCUGCUGGAGAACAAGAGAAACCAGGUGCUGCUCGACCUCGCCAGCCUGAUCUUCGAGGAGCAACAGUCGCUGGAGGUGAUCCUGAAGAAGAUCGCCGCCACCAUCAUCUCCUUCAUGCAGGUGCAGAAGUGCAGCAUCUUCAUAGUGGACGAAGACUGCCCCGACUCCUUCUCCAGCGUGUUCCACAUGGAGUGCGAGGAGCUGGAGCGGUGCCCCGCCGCGGGAGCCAGGGAGCGGGCCGCGGGCCGGACCAACUACAUGUACGCCCGGUACGUGCAGAGCACCAUGGAGGUCCUCAACAUCCCCGACGUCGCCCAGGACAGGCGCUUCCCCUGGACGAAUGAAAACGCAGGGGACGUCAGCCAGCAGGGCAUCCGGAGUCUGCUCUGCACGCCCAUAAAAAACGGAAAGAAGAACAAAGUGAUAGGCGUGUGCCAGCUCGCCAACAAGAUGGAGGAGGGCACGGGCCAGGUCAAGCCAUUCAACCGGAACGACGAGCAGUUCCUGGAGGCGUUCGUCAUCUUCUGCGGCCUGGGCAUCCGGAACACGCAGAUGUACGAGGCCGUGGAGCGGGCCAUGGCCAAGCAGAUGGUCACGCUGGAGGUCCUGUCCUACCACGCCUCGGCGGCCGAGGAGGAGACGCAGGAGCUGCAGUCCUUGGCGGCCGCCGUGGUGCCCUCCGCCCGGACCCUGAGGAUCACUGACUUCGGCUUCAGCGACUUCGAGCUGUCGGACCUGGAGACGGCGCUGUGCACCAUCCGCAUGUUCACCGACCUCGGCCUGGUGCAGAGCUUCCAGAUGAAGCACGAGGUCCUCUGCAGGUGGAUUUUAAGCGUGAAGAAGAACUACCGGAAGAAUGUCGCCUACCACAACUGGAGGCACGCCUUCAACACGGCUCAGUGCAUGUUCGCCGCCCUGACGGCGGGCAGAAUCCAGAGCAAGCUGUCGGACCUGGAGGUGCUGGCCCUGCUGAUCGCCGCGCUCAGCCACGACCUGGACCACCGCGGCGUGAACAACGCCUACAUCCAGCGGAGUGAGCACCCGCUGGCCCAGCUGUACUGCCACUCCACCCUGGAGCACCACCACUUCGACCAGUGCCUGAUGGUCCUCAACAGCCCGGGCAACCAGAUCCUCAGCGGCCUGUCCAUCGAGGAGUACAAGACCGCGCUGAGAAUAAUCAAGCAGGCGAUUUUAGCCACGGACCUGGCGCUCUACAUUAAGCGGCGAGGAGAGUUUUUUGAACUUAUAAGAAAAAACCAGUUCAGUUUUGAAGACCCUCACCAAAAGGAGCUGUUUUUGGCCAUGCUGAUGACCGCGUGCGACCUCUCCGCCAUCACGAAGCCCUGGCCCAUCCAGCAGCGGAUAGCCGAGCUGGUGGCGGCCGAGUUCUUCGACCAAGGGGACAAGGAGAGGAGGGAACUCCACAUCGAGCCUGACGACCUCAUGAACAGGGAGAAGAAGAACAAGAUCCCCAGCAUGCAAGUGGGCUUCAUCGACGCCAUCUGCCUGCAGCUGUACGAGGCCCUGACCCACGUGUCCCAGGACUGCUUCCCGCUGCUGGACGGCUGCAGGAAGAACCGGCAGAAGUGGCAGGCCCUGGCCGAGCAGCAGGAGAAGACGCGGGUGACCGGGGCCGGCGGCCGGGCCCCGCGGAGUUGACGCCCGCGGGCUGCGCGCCCCGCCCCGCCGGACGCUGCACGGCUGGGUGGGUCCCCUCCGGCACUGUACGGGU